CUGUUCUCUCUGCCAUUCCAGCACUUGCGCCUCCUGCGCCGCCGCCACCCCCCAUCCAAGGAUAUGCCUUCAAGCCUCCACCUAGACCCGACUUUGGGACCUCCGGGAGAACAAUCAAAUUACAGGCCAAUUUCUUCGAAAUGGACAUCCCCAAAAUUGACAUCUAUCAUUAUGAAUUGGAUAUCAAGCCAGAGAAGUGCCCGAGGAGAGUUAACAGGGAGAUCGUGGAACACAUGGUCCAGCACUUUAAAACCCAGAUCUUUGGGGAUCGGAAGCCCGUGUUUGAUGGCAGGAAGAAUCUGUACACAGCCAUGCCCCUUCCGAUCGGGAGGGACAAGGUGGAGCUGGAGGUCACGCUCCCGGGAGAAGGCAAGGAUCGCAUCUUCAAGGUGUCCAUCAAGUGGGUGUCCUGCGUGAGCUUGCAGGCGUUACACGAUGCACUUUCAGGGCGGCUGCCCAGUGUCCCUUUUGAGACGAUCCAGGCCCUGGACGUGGUCAUGAGGCACUUGCCAUCCAUGAGGUACACCCCCGUGGGCCGCUCCUUCUUCACCGCGUCUGAAGGCUGCUCCAACCCUCUUGGCGGGGGCCGAGAAGUGUGGUUUGGCUUCCAUCAGUCCGUCCGGCCUUCUCUCUGGAAAAUGAUGCUGAAUAUUGAUGUGUCGGCCACAGCGUUUUACAAGGCACAGCCAGUAAUCGAGUUUGUUUGUGAAGUUUUGGAUUUUAAAAGUAUUGAAGAACAACAAAAACCUCUGACAGAUUCCCAAAGGGUAAAGUUUACCAAAGAAAUUAAAGGUCUAAAGGUGGAGAUUACGCACUGUGGACAGAUGAAGAGGAAGUACCGAGUCUGCAACGUCACCCGGAGGCCUGCCAGUCACCAAACAUUCCCGCUGCAGCAGGAGAGCGGGCAGACGGUGGAGUGCACGGUGGCCCAGUACUUCAAGGACAGGCACAAGCUGGUUCUGCGCUACCCCCACCUCCCAUGUUUACAAGUCGGACAGGAGCAGAAACACACCUACCUUCCCCUGGAGGUCUGUAACAUAGUGGCAGGACAAAGAUGCAUUAAAAAAUUAACGGACAAUCAGACCUCAACCAUGAUCAGAGCAACUGCCAGGUCGGCGCCCGAUCGGCAAGAGGAGAUUAGCAAAUUGAUGCGAAGCGCGAGUUUCAACACAGACCCAUACGUCCGUGAGUUUGGGAUCAUGGUCAAAGAUGAGAUGACAGACGUGACUGGGCGGGUGCUGCAGCCACCCUCCAUCCUCUACGGGGGCCGGAAUAAAGCGAUUGCGACCCCUGUCCAGGGCGUCUGGGACAUGCGGAACAAGCAGUUUCACACGGGCAUCGAGAUCAAGGUGUGGGCCAUCGCGUGCUUCGCCCCCCAGCGCCAGUGCACAGAAGUCCAUCUGAAGUCCUUCACAGAGCAGCUCAGAAAGAUCUCGCGGGACGCCGGCAUGCCCAUCCAGGGCCAGCCAUGCUUCUGCAAAUACGCACAGGGGGCGGACAGCGUGGAGCCCAUGUUCCGGCACCUGAAGAACACGUACGCAGGCCUGCAGCUGGUGGUGGUCAUUCUGCCCGGCAAGACGCCAGUAUACGCUGAGGUCAAGCGUGUGGGAGACACGGUACUGGGGAUGGCCACGCAGUGCGUGCAGAUGAAGAACGUGCAGAGGACCACGCCACAGACCCUGUCCAACCUCUGUCUGAAGAUCAACGUUAAGCUGGGAGGCGUGAACAACAUCCUGCUGCCCCAGGGCAGGCCGCCGGUGUUCCAGCAGCCCGUCAUCUUUCUGGGAGCGGAUGUCACUCACCCGCCCGCCGGGGAUGGGAAGAAGCCCUCCAUUGCCGCCGUGGUGGGCAGCAUGGACGCCCACCCCAAUCGCUACUGCGCCACCGUGCGCGUGCAGCAGCACCGGCAGGAGAUCAUUCAGGACCUGGCCGCCAUGGUCCGCGAGCUCCUCAUCCAGUUCUACAAGUCCACACGCUUCAAGCCCACCCGCAUCAUCUUCUACCGCGACGGCGUCUCCGAGGGCCAGUUCCAGCAGGUUCUCCACCACGAGCUGCUGGCCAUCCGCGAGGCCUGUAUCAAGCUGGAGAAAGACUACCAGCCCGGGAUCACGUUCAUCGUGGUGCAGAAGCGGCACCACACGCGGCUCUUCUGCACGGACAAGAACGAGCGGGUUGGGAAAAGUGGAAACAUUCCAGCAGGCACGACUGUGGACACGAAAAUCACCCACCCCACCGAGUUCGACUUCUACCUGUGCAGCCAUGCUGGCAUCCAGGGGACAAGCAGGCCUUCGCACUAUCACGUCCUUUGGGAUGACAAUCGUUUCUCCUCUGAUGAGCUGCAGAUUCUAACCUACCAGCUGUGUCACACCUACGUGCGCUGCACACGCUCCGUGUCCAUCCCGGCGCCAGCAUACUACGCUCACCUGGUGGCCUUCCGGGCCAGGUACCACCUGGUGGAUAAGGAACAUGACAGUGCUGAAGGAAGCCAUACCUCUGGGCAGAGUAACGGGCGAGACCACCAAGCACUGGCCAAGGCGGUCCAGGUUCACCAAGACACUCUGCGCACCAUGUACUUUGCUUGACAUGUUUUAGUGUUUAGCGAUUGUGUAUUGAGGGGGAUUCACGAGACCAGCUACACUCAGACCAACAGACGGCCAGCCCUUCCGUGACAGCCAGCAUCGAACAUGAGACGUCAUUGAUUUUAUUAGAUUCUCCGUUUUCCAGAAUGCCUUCCGUCCCAGAUUUCAAACUUGGAUUUUGAACUGCAGACCUGUAUGAGAACCCAAUGUCGUAGGAAAUAUGGUUUGCUAAAAUCUAUAAGCUGCUUACUAAAAUAGAGUCCCGUGUUUCCUAAAAAUCUCCUAAAACCAGUCUAUGAACUCAGGGCUUUAAAACAUUUUUAAUUUAUUUGGUCAUUCAAUUUACUUGUUUUUAAUACAUGAUUCUCUAUGAAAUUGAUGGGCUCAAACUAGCUGUGAAUCUUCUGAGAGAGAAAGCAACACAAAACACAGUUGUGGUUUUAAAGCCUUGAACAUUCUGAUGUUGUCACUAAAGCUGAUUACCAGGCGUGGCUCACCCAAGCUCCUCAGCCAAGAGCAGGUGGCCGUGCAGAGGCGUCUGCAGGUGCCGUGUUCUGCCAGCACCGCCCUUCACCCAGCCUGAACCAAGGAGCAGUGGCAGAAGGUGGGCCCCGUGUGUUUACAGCAUUUCCAGGUCCAGAGAGGUUGGCAGACAAGUGCCAUUUUAAUAAAAAUGUAUUUAAAAAAAAAAAAGAAAAAAGACAAUAUACUGACAGUCUAAUCAUCAGAUUUGUCCUAUAGGACUGUGACAUUUAUUUUCCAAAGUUUCUAAAGAAUACGGGUCUGUGGUGAUAAAUACAGUACAAUCCUUUUUCACUGUCAUGUCUUUAAUGUAAGAGAAAAAUAUAUAUAUCUGGUUUGCAGUAUUAAUGUGAUAGAUAGAUGCUGUUUUUUCAUUUUAUUGACUAUGGGGUGCUUCUGUGAUCUGUUUAGCAUAUCAAGAGUGUUUUGGAGCCUGGGGGUGGGACCGCCUCUCAGUUCUUAGUGCUUAAGUACAGGAAUAUGCAAUUGACUUAACGUGACAGCAGCCCACCUCCCCCCGUGGAGACUGUGCAGCCUGUACCCUCGGGAGGGGCGGGUGUGCCCUCCGCACUGCUCGCCACCCUCCCUGCCGCCUCAUCCCCGUGUGUCACUCAGCUAAUGAAGCACAAGUGGAAGUAAUUUAUUCUUGCAUUGCUGGGAAACACAUUCAUGUGUGGGGCGCACUCCUCUCCCCGCUCUGUGUGCGCUUUUGUCAGAUGAGGUUCAUAGAUGUAUGCACUGAGAUUCAUAGAAAGCUAUUGGUGGUGGCUCUGCUGGGUGUGAGGCCGUUGGUCACAGUGAAGGAGCCUGCCUGGCCCUGGGAGGCCCGAGGAUGGCAAGGCCAGCAGAGGGCACGGGGCAUUCUGCUGGGGUUUGCAUUGGGGGCCCCAGACGUGGGUGUGCCAAUUUAGAAACCGUUGCACUAAGAGUGACACCACGGACGGUUUUGAAGGCUAAGAACAGACGGCUGUUUGUGCUAAGUGGGCUUUUUGUCUCUGUACAGCUUCAGUAAGACUCCAAUCCAUGUUCCAUUAGAGGCGUCAGGAAGGAGGCGAGCCUCCCCUAGUGCUGCUCUGCGCUCCAUAGGUCCCCUCUUCCUGCUGCUGUCCCCUCCCCGGCCCUGCGUGACACUUACCUCGGCACUGCGGUGGGGUGGGGUGCCAAAGGAGCUGCUUGCUUUUGAGCGGCACCCCCUCCGCCUUCGUGCUCAGCUGCUUCGGAGGUGGCGGGAGGGGUGGCGAGCCACGGGUUGGGGGGUCCCCGGAGCCUCGCCUGGAUGUUGGCGGCAAUGACAAAGGGAUGACUAUUAUUUGUGAAGAUGUGUCCUCAGAGUGGUGUGUGUGUCCCUGUGUGUGUGUGUGUGUGUGUCCCUGUGUGUGUGUGUGUCUUAUUAACGGCAUUAGUCUCUUUUGGCUGUAUCUUUUUUUUUUUUUUUUUUUUUUUUAAAUGACAGAAGCCCCCACCCUAAGAAGCCGCAAUUCCCUGUUGUUUUGUAGGCCAGGGCACUUUCUCCUGUUUUCAGAAGGAGACAGAGACGCUCGCAGCUUAAAUUAACAGAUGCAUUCAAGCUAAGGGGGAAUCUUUUGACUAAUAAACUUUUCACAUCUGAAAUUAGAUUAGUUUCCAGCCAUUUUUAGAAUUAUCUGGAACCAUGUGUCUCAAAGGUGUGUUUCUUCCACCCGCAUCAGGCUCUCUGUCUGGGGGAUGGUGGUGGUUCUUGUUUAUAAUGCAGAUUUGUGGGCCUGCUCCUACCUCCUGAGGAGGUACUUCAUGGCUGGCCUGGCAUCUGCCUCUAAGUGAUGGCCACGGCCCUGGGCUCCCUGGGGCCUGAGGACCCAGCCCUGGCAACCCCCAGCAGGGAGGGGAUACUUCCUGAGUGGGUGCAUGGGACAGACUGAGCUGGCAGAAAAGUAGAACUACAAUUUUUUUCUUAAAUCCUUUUGAAGCAAAGUUUUCUUUUAGUGGGUCAAAGUACUUUGAGAAGGGUACUUCUUAUAGCCCUGCGCCUGUUUUAUAAAACUUAUAAUACUAAAAACAUGAAUAGACCAAACAUCUCCAGCUGGGUUGGCUGCACACCUUUGUACAUGUCUGAUGAUUCAGAGUUUAAAUGGCUGUAGUUACAAUUUCUCAGGUAAACAGUUGUUUUCUCAAAUUUCUAGCAAUCCCUGCAUCAUUAGGCUAAAUUUUGAGACAGUGUACAACCUCAGAGUACAUUAGGGUAGGUCCCAGCCCUAUUCACGUGGAAGCCAGAGGCGGCCCCUUCCCCAGCGUCUGAGCAACUGAUUGUACAGGUGCCUGGGGCCUCCUCCUUCCCUGUCCACGGCUGUCCUCCCCAAAAUACCCGGGCCUGUUCAGAUUUGAGGGGUGCCCACUCGCUGGCUUUGUCCCCAUCCCACUAAGUAAGGUGUGCCUUGCUUUAAGCAAACUGAAUGUUAAAAUAACGACGUAGAAGUCUGGGUUUGUUUAAAAGAAAAACUGGGAUUUUAUCUCAUCUCUUUAAAAGAGGUCUCCCAAUUUGAUUCCUGUACUGGGACUUCUUCCUGGUAUAUUUUUACAUGUUCACUUUUUGAAAGCAUUAACAUACUCCCAUCCUUUUGCCCCUAACCUGUCCCAUUUGACAAGUUCUUGCUGUAACGGCAAAGCAGUUAAUGGACACGAACACCCGGCGAGCCGUGGAAAGCUGCCCUCAGGGGAGAGAUCUUCGGUGGUGGGAAGCCACCAACCUGUUGUUUGUGUACCCCAAGCUCAGAUUUUCCUGGUUUGGAGAGAUUUUGUAAAACUGGGCAUGCAUAGCUGUACUUCUAGAAGGGGAUUAUUUUCCGUAGGGUUUGGUUUUCUCUGGUUCAAGCCGUCUUCACAUGGAGAAUUUUGAUAGCACGUUAGGGUCUGCCCGUUGAAGAUGAUGAUGCUUUUCAGUGGUGGUCUCACACUCCUUUGAAUGAACGUUUGCACUCUAGAAUCACAAACGAUGCGUGGCCAUUGUCCAGCUUGCCCGAGAGGGAGCUGUAGGGAGCAGGCAGUGACCGCCGCGUUGUUUGUCAGAGGCUGACCUAAACUGCUAUCACUAAUGUUUACCCCAGUGACUGCGCGUUAGAACAGGUCAUGUCAGUUCACUUCCUGGAGCGGGGUUAGUGGCUGGGGUUUUUAUUGUUGUUAUUUGUUACUUUUAUUGCUGUUAAAUGCAAGUGUUGCUAUUUAUUUUUUUCUUUCUGCUCGGAUUUGGUUUGGUUUGGCCAACACAGAUAUUCCAAUGCAUGUGGUACCUAAUGGAUAUGAUAGGAAUUACUUCCCCAAUUUUUAUAAAUUACCUAAUGUUUACCUUCAAGUUUGCUGGAUGAUUUAUUUUUGAAAGCCACAAAUGUGAUUUUUCUGGAUGAAUUGUUUUUUUUAUAUAUGCAGCCGUGUAAUUUUACAUUGGUCUGCAGGGUGGUUUAAAUUUUAUUUUUACAAGGCAGUUUUUCAGUCAAAUUAUAUAUUUGAUACAAUAUGCUAAGGAUUGACUGACCCUGAGUCAGGUGGCCGGACACCGGCAUGUCCCCGGGAGGCCUUGGGGCUGGGGCGGCUUCUUGGCUGCUCGUGCUGGUGGCUGGUGGCUUGUUCCCUGCGCCUCUGGGAACUGGGUGUGUCCUUCAGCAGGACCGUGACCCGCUGGGCAGUCAAAAGGAUUUUUCAUGGGCAUUUUCAUACACAUAAGGCAGUUCCAUUAGCAGGAGCUUUAGAAGUUGACAUAAUCCAGACAGUGGACAAUCCCAGUGGCCCAGACAAGCCAUACGACAUUCUCCUGUGACCUCUCUCUGACCCAUCUCUCACGCUCAUGAGAAAAGGAAUGUACAAUAAAUAGAAACAGAAACUUCCUCAGUGCUCAUGCGCCUCACUUGCAGAACGCGAGUAUUUUAUUUAUGUUUGAAGCCCUUCCCCAAAGUGACUGAGAAGUUGUGCUCUAGCUGCCGCGCCAGCAGUUUCGUCUGCUGUGACGCUUUUCGGUGUAGAUGCAGUGCACAUGUGACUUUGUCAUGCGGGUGCCCCUGUUACACACACACACAUGCUGACUCUCUUUUGUAAGGAAAAUCUUCAACUCAAAAUAAUUGCACUGAUUUUUUGACAACUUCUUUAUACGAUGUCCAGCUUCGCAUCUGCUGUACUUGUUUGAGAUGAUUGUAAAUAGAUUUCUGGUAGAAGUGAUAUGAAUACACACGGGGCUCUGUUGUGGAGACACUGCCUCGUAUUCAGUAUUAUGUGUUAGAGUUGUGUGGACUUAACUUUGUUCCGCCCAUGAGCUUUGUGUCUGUUGACCAUUGAUGAAGGACAAAUACGCCUCGUUUUCUUUUUCUUCUGAAGGGAAGUUUUAGGUCUGUUACUGGGAGAACAUGGUCUCUUGAUGCCUGAUGGUUUAGUCCUAGGCGGGCUCGUUGCAGUCUUGUGAAUGCUGUUUUGAUCUGUUUGAUUCCUCGUCGCUUGCCAUGGCUCUCCAAUGCGUGGUCUCCGAGUUCUACCCAGCGCUGGGCAGUCCGGACGGGAGGCACCUGUUGUGCCUGCUGCUAGAACGCGAGGGCCUCCUUUGCCUCUCUGUGGUCAGAGUCAUUUUUAAGCCAUGAGGUCACUGUCGUGUCAAAGCCAUCAUUUGUGCCGGUCGUGUUGCCAGAGUAGCAGCAUGUGCCGUAGCCCCCGUGUGUCACUCUGUGGUCAGGCUACCCUGUGUCAGACCUAGCAAGGAGUUUUUCAGCCCACACCAGUCUGUGCGUGUGUCCAAGUCACACCAGUGCCAUUACGGUGCCCUCACUUAUGCUUCUUUGGAUGUGUUUUGCCAUGUUAUUGUCUAAAGUGAAUGUAUUGGCUUAGCCAAAUUACUACAGAAGGUGGUUCCUAAAUACCUUUUAGUUAAAAAAAAAAAAAAAAUGCAGUUAAAGGCUACCUCUGAAUUCCCAGUAGAUUCAUCAUGUUUGCUCUUAAGUGUAGCUGUCCACACUGAAAACAGCCAAGACGUUGCCUGAAUAAACUGAAUUGUGAACAUCUAUCUGUUCAGUUCUGGCUUGAAAAUGUGUGUGCCAUACUGUGACCCACAGGCAGCCCCCUCCUCCUCUGCUGGGUCAGGUGGGCCAGGGUCGCCUCCGUGCCUCGCAGCUCUGAGAUGCUAGGAUUCUCCGGUCGGCAGGAACAGCAUGGGAGGGCUCUCUGCACGGGACAGCGUGCUGUCCUUCAUGCUGGCGGGAGCAUCUGCGCAGGGCUGCGCGUGGCAAAACCUUGAGAUAGCCUAUGUCCUACCCGGCUUUCCACUUUCCUGUUUAAUAUAAGAAAGCACUUUUUUUUCUGCUUUACCUACAAAUGGAUUGCGAAUGGCCUCCUCUAUCCUGUCCUCCCUUUUAUACGCUCUGUAAAAUCACGAAGGUGCUUCAACACCAACUCUCAUGCAAGUAAUAGAUUUAAAAUAGUUGCAUGGUUUCAAGGACGAUGCAGAUGCCAUUGGCCUUUGACUUUGGGACCUUGGGUUACUCUCACUCUCUACUGCAAAACAAACUAAGGGUUGAAAGCAAAGUCUUCUGUUCUAAUCCAGGGUCCUUUGUUUGAAAAGAACUCAGGGCCCACAGCUGGUGUUUGAAGUUUUUGCACAGCUCACUUGGAGGAAGUCAGUUCUGGGAGCGCGGUUGGCUCUGAACACCCCUCCCCAUGAUUAACCACUUUGCUGUCAGAAAUGUCAUUUCCCCCUACACUGUGCUGCGGACCCGGGCCUCUUUCGCUUCUUGCUUUGGGUUCCCUGUGAUCCCCCAUCUUCAGGUGAGCGCUCGCUGCAAAACAUCUCCAUCAGUUUACUCCUGAGUUGACAGGCGAUGGUCUCACAGUUGGAGGCGCCUGGGUGUUUGGAGGGGGCCCCCCCGCCCUCAUGUUGGGGGCUCAGCAGACAUUGAAUUUGGCCCUGGGGGUUCACAGUCAUUACCUGGAAGCGGUUGCCUUUAACGCUGCUGUUCUGGGUUUCAUGCUUUCUACGCUGUGUUGAGCGCUUGAAUUCCGGAAGAGCUAAGUGUCCUUUGCAGUCUCUCAGAAUGUUUUGUCAUUCUGCCACCACACUGUUCCAUGUGAACAGACCUCGAGAGGCUUGGGCACUCGGGGUGGGGGGUGGGUGUCCCACUGCCUGCCGCCCUGGGUAUUGGCUGCUCGUUUCCACUGGGCUGGCCUCGGGCUUUCUGCCCGAAUCUGGUCCAGGGUGUUUGGGGAGACUGCAGCGGCUCGCUCCUCGACUUGGUCAUGGAGCUGUGGCUUGCAGAUCCACCGCAAGCUUCCCUCACCUGCGUCUCCCACCGUCUCAGCGUUCCUAAGAAUUUACUCAGAAGUGAGAGAACUGAGGAUUCCUGGUGCUUUUGUUAACACGUUUCUAUCUUACUGGUUGGUGUGGAAAUUUUAGAUGUGUUGUUAGGUCUUUAAAUGCCGCGGGUGGUAUGACUAGAGGGUUAAGUCCUCACCUCACCCCCCCAACUCCCUUUUGGGGGGGUAGGAAGAGGCUGAAUUAUCUCCUAUUUAAAACCACCUUGGAUUUAAGUAGUUCAGAGUUAAAGCUAAAACACCAAAUAUUAACUCUUUCCCCCAAGUGUCUCCAGGAAAUGGACAUUGGGGCCAUUCUUAUUCAGUUCUUUCUGCAGCUUCAAGGUCCUUAAAAUGAGUGAGUUGAUCCCAAGAACACCCCAUGCCACCGGCCAGCGGGGCGCCAUGCAGGCGACUUCAUAGAUCAGGUGCUCGUGUAGGGGUCCAGGGCUCCUUUGAACUCUGGGAGUUGUGUGUGCAGUCUUGGGUGGGAGAGGGCAGGCCCCUCUGUCCCAAGAGGCCGGUGGUGCCCAGGCCUUCCUCUGGUCUCCACCAGCGCCAGCCUGAUCGCGUUCUGGAAGACCCAGUCUUAGACUCUGUGCCUUUAAAGUCCGGUCCUCAGUGUCCUUUCAGAAUCAUGUGGGGCUGCGUUUCUCUGGGGAACUAAGCCAGUGCCAUUCCACAAGGCAGGCAUGGACCUCCAGCCUUGGAAGCUUUCUUUCCGCUCCUCAGCCCCUGACUUGUAAACUGUGAUGCCACGUGGUCUGGAGCCACGGAGGAUGCACUUGGUCUCGGAAAACACUUGGUUCCAGUCGCGUGGUUUCUCCCAUACCCUGACCAAGUCCCCCUCUGCCAGGAUCGCGGGAGAUUGGUGCAAGACCCAUCUCUUAGGCGUUGACCAUGACCAUCAGCAAAGCCUGGUGGUCUUGUUCUCAUAGUCACUUGACAAGAGUAUUUAUUGUAAUGGAAGUAGGUUUUUU